GCAGGUAUUUAAGGGUAGCAUAGUCAAGCGGAGAUCGAUUCGUGUUUUGAUCGUAUCACCACACUAACCAUGAAGGUCUUUGCCAUUGUUUUCGUAGCCAUUGCCGUCGCUCAGGCGUCUGGUCUGGACUUGUCCAAGUACCAGCCCCGUUCGGUCCUGUACCCCCGUGCCCCAGUCGAGAACGCCAACAGGUGGGUGCCCCCAAAGGUUGCCCCUACCGUCGACACCCGCGGCUUCUGCGGACAGGUCCAGAGUGACCCAAGCCGUAUCGUCGGAGGAACUGAGGCCGUCCCCCACUCUGCCCCAUGGCAAGUGGCUAUUUUCAUCGAUGGCCAGUACUUUUGCGGAGGUUCCCUCAUCUCCAACGAAUGGAUCCUCACCGCUGCCCACUGCGCCGAUAACGCCAUCUUCUUCAACAUUUACUUGGGCUCCCACAACGUUCGUUUGGAUGCCGUCGAUGAACCCACCCGCGUCGAAGUCAGGUCCACCGAAUACACGGUCCACCCCAACUGGGGACCCGUCCGCAUUGUCAACGAUGUUGCCUUGAUCAAACUGCCCGCCCCCAUUGAAUUCACCCCCGAAAUCCAGCCCAUCUGCAUGGCUCCCACUUCCGAGCCCGACCAUGUUGGCGACAUCCUCCACAUCAGCGGAUGGGGCAAACCUUCCGAUUCUGCCGCCGGCAUUUCGCCCGUCUUGCGUGAAGUCGAUGUCCCAUGCAUCUCCAACGCCGAAUGCGCUGCCACUUAUGGCGCCACCAUCACUGAUGGCAACAUUUGCGUUGACACCACUGGCGGCAAAGGAUCUUGCAACGGUGACUCUGGCGGCCCAUUGAGCUACGUCGUCAACGGCGUCCACAACCAGGUCGGAGUUGUCAGCUUCGGCUCUUCCGCCGGAUGCGAGGUCGGCCUUCCCGCUGGAUUCUCCCGCGUCUCCUACUUCGCUGAGUGGAUCUCGUCCGUUACUGGCUUGGUCAUCUAAGCUCUCGAUUGCUUUGUGCCUAUUCAAGUCCAACAUUUUUUUAUUUCCCAAUUUUUUUUUAACCUGAUGUCAAAUCCAAUGAAAAUAAAACCGAAAGGAAAUUAAAGCCUUAAACGGUUGAUUCUCUUU